AUGUGGCACUGCGGUCUCACAAAACAGCUCACCGGCACAAUGGUCUCCACUCUCCCUUCGUCAACCGUAGUUUGCAUCGUUGGGGCAGGGCCAAGUGGAUUAGCUUGCGCUCUCGGUAUCUCGGCUCGUAAUAUACCGUUUGUCAUUGUCGACGCGUUAGAAACUGGCCACAGCAACUCACGGUCAGUCGGAGUGCAUGCUAGUGCGCUGGAGGCUCUCUACUCGACUCACCCUGGCCUGGUAAACACACUAGUCUCGGACGGUGUCCCAUCCAGCACAAUCAGAACGGUGGACCUUUAUGAACAGCUUGUCUUCGAGCAACGCCUCUCAGAUCUUGCGCCAUACACCAAGUUCCCUUUUAUCCUCCUUAUUCCGCAGCACACAUUUGAGCAGCGCAUGCAUGAAGUCCUUCCCGAGGAGGUCACCCAUUGGGGGAAGAAAGUUGUUGCGAUGUGUGAAGACGGUGGCCACUAUCGGCUUUUCUUCCAAUCUGGCGAAACACUCGAGGCACAAUACAUCGUCGCUGCGGACGGAUCAAAGUCCACUAUGCGUAAACUUGCCAACAUCAAGUUUCUCCAUCCAUUCACCGGCAAGGAUGUCAUGCCAGAUCCUUCGGAUCCUUCCUAUGUCGCCGCAGAUGUGAUUUUCGAGAAACCGUUGCCGCCUAACGUGCCAAAAGACUCGUUGCAGAUCAUGGUUGGCGGCGGGGGCAUGGUCUUAACGGCACCACUGCGUUCUGGGCAGAAGGACAACGAAUAUUUCAGGCUCUACCUUGGUGUUCCAGACAUCCCCCCUCCACGCCCUGACCAGGCGUACCUUCAAGCCGUAAUUGAUGCGCGCGGACCUGGAUCACAUGCCGAGACUUACCCAAAGCUGAAAAUCAAGACUGUCCUUGACAGCACACGAUUCCAGAGUCGGAGGGGGUUAGCCGAGCGAUUUGUUCAUCGAUCUCCCGGAGGAGGCAACAUAAUGCUUAUCGGCGAUGCAGCACAUACACAUGGUCCAGGAGGCGCUCAAGGAAUGCAUCUCGCGAUUUGCGACGGGUGCGAGCUCGCGGAAGCCAUUUCCACCCACUCCGGAUCCCUUGAAGCGCUGACUGCGUGGGGUGGCCGCCGCCGCGCCAUAGCUCGUCAAGUCAUCGACAGGGUCGAGGGCAUUAUGGAGGUCGAGAGCGGCAAAAUGGACUGGACGUCAUGGAUCCGCCUGAAGGCACUCAGAGCCAUCCACAGACUUCCCUUCGUCGGGACCGCUUUAAUUUGGCGCAUCAGUGGCCUAGUAUAUCGCGAAUCUCCUGUUGCUGUUGGCAAUGGAAAAGCUGAUGCCAAUGGUGAUUUUAAUUCUCAGAUCCUUAAGUAA